CUCAAUAUGGUGCAAAUCAAGAGUGCCAUCGCCUCCUUCGGUAUUUUAUUUGCGUACAGUACAAUCGCUACACCACUGUCGAAACGUGCAGCCCUCGACGAUUGUCUGAAAACAGCUGCGGUUCCUGCCCUGGAGUUUCAGUCUAAAGAUUAUAAUCAAUCUGUCAAGCCUUUCAACCUUCGUGUCAACUUUAAGCCCGUCGCCUACUCCGUCCCUACCACAGUAAAACACAUCCAGGAUGCAGUUUCCUGCGGUGCAAAAAAUGGAAUUCAAGUCACUCCAAAGUCUGGGGGACAUAGCUACGGGUCUCAUGGCCUGGGUGGAGAAGAUGGCCAUUUAAUCGUCGACAUGCGCAAUUUCGCCAACGUUACGCUGAACCUCGCUGAGCAGACGGCUCUCAUUGGAACAGGAGGAAGACUGGGAGAUGUGGCUACAGCUUUAUAUAGCCAGGGAAAGCAGGCCAUUGUACAUGGAACCUGUCCGGGAGUGGGUGUUGGAGGUCUUAGUCUCCACGGAGGCUAUGGCAUGAUGUCUCGCGGCAGAGGCCUGACUCUCGACAACAUACUUGAAGUUGAAUUAGUACUCGCAAACAGCAGCGUUGUAACAGCAUCCGCAACCAAGAAUCCCGAUCUGUUCUACGCCCUGCGCGGUGCGGGAGCCGCUUUCGGUAUCGUGACAAACUUCAAGUUCAAAACCUUCACACCGCCUGAAAACAACAUUGUCUUCAACUACAACGUCCGACCCGGCACGUCCGAAAAUCUUGCCAACAUGGUCACCGUCUUGCAAAACUUCGCCGUCAAUGAACAACCCGCCGAGCUCAACAUGCGUCUGACUAUCUCGCCAGGAAGCUCCCUCGGCGGCGUAUACUAUGGCAGCCGCGAAGACUAUAACAAGCUCAUGGGCCCCUUACUCACCAAACUUGGCAUCACUGGCGGUCAAGUUUCGAACAACACAUGGAUCAGCACCCUCUCCGCCUUCGCAUACGGACCUCUCCAACAAGCCAAACCCUACGACACACACGAGAACUUCUUUGCCAAAUCCCUGAUGCCAUCCUGGCUCAGCGCCCCCGCCAUCAACGCGCUUGCCAACUAUUGGAACACGACCGCUCGCACAAACACGCGCGCUUGGUACCUCAUGAUCGACCUGCAUGGUGGAAAGUCCUCCGCCAUCUCCAAGGUCGGGGCAGACAGCACCGCAUAUGCGCAUCGCAACGCCACUUUCAAAAUGCAGUUCUACGACCGCAGUUUCUUUGGUGACUAUAACCCUAGUUGGUUCAGCUUCUUGAAUGGCUGGAUCGGGAAUAUCACUGCUGCUAGCCCUGGAGAGAAUUUCGGCAUGUAUAUCAACUACGCGGAUACGAGCUUGGACAAGGCCGACGCGCAUAAGCGGUAUUGGUUGGGCCACUAUGAUCGCUUAGUAGGAAUCAAGAAAGCAGUAGACCCCAAGGGAGUCUUCGAGGGUCCGCAGUUGGUAGGGUCGUAG